AUGGCUGUGGAUUUAGCUUGUUUCAAAAGGGUAAACCAUAAAGCAUUCCCUUUCAUCGUCAUGAAUGUCCUUGUUCUGUUUUCCUCCCUUGAUUCCGCGUUCUCCGAGACUUUGGCGGUAGGCGAUUGCAUUCUCGAUAUUAAAAAACCUUCGAAUUGUGAAUCAGGCAACUGGGCUGGUUUUAUCAACGGCAGUUGCUACGGUGGCGCCUUUGAAGAAUACCUUCAUGCGCUCGGACGGCGAGCAAACCUUACAAAAGCCAUUUACUUGAAUUCCACACAACAAAACAAAUGCUUGGAAGAGAUGGAGAGCUUUGAGAAAGAUGUAUACAGCUGUGGAAUUCAGAAGCUAACGAGUGGAGCCGGUGGCUGUUCGGAUUAUACCGUCACCGAUGUAAUCGGUAAGAUGGGAGUUAGGUUCCGAAGCUUACAAGAUGAUUGUUGGGUGCUAGGUACCGGUAACGGAUCGGAUCAAUCGUGUCGUACAUGUUUGAGGAGUUGGGAAGAGAUUAAUCUUGCGGUACACGUUACUGGUGAUGCUGAUGUAUGUAGAUUUGCAGCACUGGUAUCCAUGAUAAGCAAUAGGGUUGACGAUGAGAAUUGGGUCCUUGCAGUAUUUCAAUGCCUUGGAGAAAGGGCUCAUUCCUUAGAUGAACAUGGAAGCACAACUAGCUACAAUAUCCAUAAGAAAGGUAAUCGCAAACCGCAAUCAUCGGCAUUCUCAAGUCCCGAGUUUUGA